CACAAUUUUGUUUUGUCAUUCCACUGUGAAACAUCGCGGAACUGUCGUAGCUUUUCCCGUCACCCACUCUGGUCUGCGUGGACUUUUUGGCACAGAAGGGACGAUGUUUAGGACGCGGAGAGGACUUGGCACGCUCGCCCUUUGCUGCUGCCUGGUGAUGCUGUUACAGAGUGUGGCAGAUGCUGCAAACACCUGCCGUGCUAACCAGCUGCAGUGUGAUAAUGGGAGGUGUAUCACCAUCAAGUGGAUCUGUGACGGAAGAGACGACUGUGGAGACGGCACUGACGAGAGGCCAGCCACAUGUGCAAACAAGACUUGUUCACAAUCAGAGUUCAAUUGUGGCCCUCCCAUGAACCAGUGUAUACCAGGUGGCUGGCACUGUGAUGGUCAGGCCGACUGCAAGAACGGAGCUGAUGAGGAACACUGCUCUGCCAAAAAGUGCAAGGACAGUGAGUUCAAAUGCGCAAACGGCCAGUGCAUAUCAAAUUCAUUUGUGUGUGACAAAGAAGCAGAUUGCAGUGACGGUUCAGAUGAGGUCUCCUGUCCCAAACCCACAUGUGGCCCGAACUCCUUCCAGUGUAACAACUCAGUGUGUGUCCCGUUGCUAUGGCGAUGUGAUGGGGAUGCAGACUGUGCCGAUGGGUCCGAUGAGUGGCCCCAAACAUGUGCAGGACAAGACGUGGCGAAGCCAGCACAGUGCGGCUCACACCAGUUCCAGUGUGAUGAUGGGAAAUGCAUUCACAGAAUAUGGCGCUGUGACAACAGCCCAGACUGUGACGAUGAAUCUGACGAGGUUAAUUGCACUCGGCCCGCCUGUCACCUGGAUGAGUUCCAGUGCACUGAUGGUACAUGUAUCCAUGGCAGCCGUCAGUGUAACCGAGUGUUCGACUGCAGCGACCAAAGUGAUGAAGCUGGCUGUGAAAUAGAAAAUGACUGUGAGGGCCCCACCAAGUUUAAAUGUAAAAAUGGGGAGUGCAUCAGUGCGGACAAAGUGUGUGACUCAAACACCGACUGCAAGGAUGGGUCCGAUGAAACAACUGAAUGUGGUUUAAAUGAAUGCUCUGAUGGAAAUGGUGGCUGUUCCCAAAUAUGCAACGAUUUGAGUCUUGGAUUCAACUGUUCCUGUGCAACAGGAUACAGACUAAAGGCAGAUAAGAAGACAUGUGAAGAUAUUGACGAGUGCGCUAUGCCAGACACUUGUAGUCAAAUCUGUAUCAACUUUGACGGUGGCUACAGAUGUGACUGUAAGCAGGGCUAUGAGAUCGACCCCGCGACAGGCACAUGCAAAGCUGGGUCAGGAUCUGCCCCCAUGUUGUACUUCACCAGCAGACAUGAGCUGAGGGUGAUGACAGUGGACCGCAGUGAAUACAUACGCCUCAUCCCAGAACUCAAGAAUGCAGUCGCUCUGGAUGUGAACAUACCAACAAAGACCAUCUUUUGGUCCGAUCUCUCUCUAAAAAAGAUAUACAGCACAAAUGUAGAUACUGCGGGUAACUCCUCCACCCACACUGUAGUGAUUGGGAGUGGGAUUGAAGCCCCAGAGGGAAUUGCAGUAGACUGGAUCCAUGGGAACAUUUACUGGACGGACAGUGAGCUGAAAACUAUUUCCGUGGCAACAACUGACGGAAGCAAGAGAAAGUCCCUGAUCUCUGAAAAUUUAGAAAAGCCCAGAGCCAUCACAGUGGACCCUGUCAAUAACUUCAUGUACUGGACGGACUGGGGUGAGCAAGCUAAAAUUGAGAAGAGUGGACUGAAUGGUGCUGACCGCGUUGCCAUAGUGACGGACAAUAUUAUGUGGCCCAAUGGCAUCACUCUUGACAUGGUUAAUCAGCGCUUGUAUUGGGUCGACUCCAAGAUGCACACUCUCUCCAGUGUAGAUGUCAGCGGAGGCUCCCGGCAUACACUUGUUGUCAGUGAGAAGCACCUCACCCAUCCCGUGUCUCUGGCAGUUUUUGAGGAGAAAGUGUUCUGGACUGACACUGGAAACGGUGCUGUCUACAGUGCCAAUCGUUUGACUGGUGGAGACAUCACAGAGCUGGCCAAAGAUCUGAACCAUCCCGAAGACAUUAUUGUGUAUCACAAGCUCAAGCAGACCAACGGAACAAACUGGUGCCAAAUGAACAGCAGCAGAAAUGGAGGCUGUGAGUUCCUCUGUCUCCCUGCCCCUCGCAUUAACAGCCGCUCCCCCCAGUACACAUGUGCAUGUCCUGAUCACAUGACCUUGGCUGCCGGUAACAGGAAGUGUGUUGGUCCAGUUAACCCUCCUGUGACCACCGCUGCACCACCAGCUAAAGUGCCCACCACUCAAGCUCCACCUCAGCCUACUACUACUACUACUACUACAACCACAACCACAACUACUUCUACAACUACUACUUCAACUGCAGCUCCACCGCAAACUACAACUUCAAAGACACCUAAGCUACUCGCAACUGAACACGUGAAUAACAAAUUGUCUGGAACGCCCACUGAAGAUGAGUCCUCCCAUCCUAUUGCUGUUUACAUUGUUGUACCCAUUUUGGUCAUGUCACUGUUAAUCUUUGGUGCUGUGUUGCUGUGGAGAAACUGGCGUCUAAAGAACACCAAUACUAUCCACUUCGUCAACCCAGUGUAUCAGAAAACUACCGAGGACGAGGUGCACAUUUGUCAAAACACUUCACAGGGCUACGUCUAUCCCGAGAGGACAAUGCUGAGUAUGGAAGACAUGGAUGUUGCGUGAUGGCAACGCUGUAUGAAGGUCUCAGUGGUUACAAAUGAAGAAGCCAAGCCAUUUUCUUCUAGUGCUGCUUAAAAAGGAAGAAAGUUCCGUGCAAGCUGACCUCAUUCUACAGGCUUAUGCUUCUGAUGUCAAUACUGUCUAAACCAAAAACAAACUGAAGAAAAGACACUUGGGGCUGUUUUAAGGAGAAGAUGUGCAAUUUUGUUUUAUGAUGAAGGCCAAUGUCAGGAAACUGUUUCAACGUUUAACUUUUCCGGUGGAGGGUCUGUCAAAUGGAGGUUAACCUGUCCAUGAAAGUGUUAUGUCUUUGCUUUACCAGGAAUGUUUCACAGUGUGGCUUUAAACCUUUUGGUUGUCAUGGAGACCAAUCCAGACUAAGUUACAGGUCAGAUCUCUGGAGAUGCAAUCCCACUCAGACCUUUUUUUGGUAUAUUUGAGCUACAAAACCACCUACAUUUUAACAGAUGUAAGGAAGAGCUGUUUAAUGUCAUACUGUGAAACAUUCCACAAAGAGUAAUGACAUAUAUACAUAUAUAUGUAAAAACAACCAGGUGACUGACCCUCAACAAAAAAGUUACAUUUUAAGAUAUUUAUUAACAUUUUGUUGCUCUUGUUCAGCUGGUUUCACUCAAAAAGCCUUAUGCAAGUCUCACUGUUGUGUGCCUUCAAUACUGCACUCCACAAUCUUAAUGAGCCGACCUGUUACUACCUUUACAAUCUUCGUACGGGAACAAGCCAUUUUGAGUGACUUUUUUUAUGUCUAUAUAAUUUUGGUGGAGUUAAACCUAAUCUGUUUACUGUUGAAUGGCUGCUGCUUGGACCAGAAUGAAGAAUGGCGAAUAUUUGAAGAAACUGUACUGAAUAUAUAUAUAU